GUAUUUUUAUGACCUUGAUUGCUAGAAGUACUUUCAAAUCUCUCAAGGAAAUGUGCAAGUAUUUUAACUAGAUGUCACAAGACUCUGCAUCGAAUUCUCUCCCGACGUUCAAAUUACUUCUUAUCGGUGAUUCAUGUGUUGGCAAAACUUCAUUAUUAAUCCGUUUUAAAGAUGGUAUUUUCUUAAAGGGUAGUUACAUUUCAACUGUUGGGAUUGAUUAUAAAACAAAAACAGUAAAAGCUAAUGAUCAAUUAGUUCGUUUACAAAUAUGGGAUACAGCUGGACAAGAGAAAUUUCGUAGUUUAACAAAAUCAUAUUAUCGUGAUACAAAUGCUGUUCUACUUGUGUAUGAUAUAUGCAAAAUGGAUUCAUUUAGUAAUAUAAAAUCAUGGCUGAGUGAAAUCAAUGCAAAUAUACAAUCAAAUAAUAAUAUACUUAUUAUAUUAGUUGGUAAUAAAUUAGAUGAAGAAAGAAAUCGUAUGGUCUCAAAAAAAGAAGGUGAACGUUUAGCUAAACAAACUGAUGCAUUAUUCUGGGAGACAAGCGCUAAAACUGGGGCUCAUGUUGAUUCAAUGUUUCAUUGUAUAGCUGAACAUUUACUUCAAAUGAAAACAUCCAAUUCUAUCAUUUCAUCAACGAAUCAUUUUAUACAACAAUCUAAUGGUUAUUCAACUAGUCAUGUAUUACAUCAUUCUAUAUCAUCAUCAUCAUCAACAUCAAAUAAAUUACCUAAAUCACAAUCAACUAAACAAUUACGAAAUUCUUGUUGUUCUUCAUUUUAAAUAGAAGGGAAACAAACGAAAACUGUAAUGUAGAUUUGGUUACUUUCAUUUAUCUUCAAUGUAAAUGUAUGAAUUGAAAGGGAGAAAAAAAAAAAGAGGACCAUCCAUUAUUAUUAUUAUUAUUAAUAUUUUUUUGUAUCAUUUCAAAAUAUUCCAUGAAUAAUUAAGAAACUCUUGUUCAUUUUCCCCCUCGGCCCACUCCACCCCCACUUCUUUCGUUUUAUAAAACAAAAUAAAGUAAAACAAAACAAACAAACAAAUAGAAAUUGUACAUCAAGAAAGUAUAUUCAAAAUUACCGGAAAUUUGUUGAAUACAAUUCAAUGUUACUGUCAUUGUUGUUGCUACUGCUGUUGCUGGUGUUGCUGGUGUUGCUGAUGUUCAAUGUUCAUUGUAAUUCAAUAUGCAUUAAACAUUAAUAUCAUAUAUAUAUACACACACACACACACUCAAACAUUCCCGUAAGGUAAUACAUUGAAUGAAUGAAAUUAGAGUUCAUUUAUAACUAACUAAUACAAGAGAUAAUCAUUAUUUUUUUUGUUUUUUUUGUUUGUUUGUUUGUUUCUAGGGAAGAUAAAUUAUAAAUUCACUUUUUUUUCUUUUUGUAUAUGUAAAAUCAUAUAAACAUAUAUGAAUAUAUAUCUUUCUAGCUGUGUGCUUAAUGUAUAUUACAUAAAUAUAUCUAUUUUAUUCUAUAA